CAGCUGGUGGCGGACACGAUCGGGGAAGACACCAGACGGAUAGUAGCUCGUGGCGGACAUGAUCGGAGAGAGUUGCCCAUAGCCGGCAGACCAAUGCGCUGGGCAAGAGAUCUGUUCCCAGAAUCUGACACACAAGAGGAAGAGGAGCGGCUGUUCUCACCAGUCGAAAGUAUUCCGGACGAGGGAGGGUACAGUAGUUAA